AUGUCUGGCGAACACUCCUUCAUGGCCAGCGCCGUGCCCGCAGCAGCAGCGCCGCCGCCGCUCGCUGCGCAACCCAGCAUUGGGACCCCGCCGUCGGCGUCGUCGCAGUCAGUUCCCCCUGGACACCCGUCUUUCCGGCGGCAACGCGCCAGCCGGGCGUGCGAAACCUGUCACGCGAGGAAAGUACGAUGCGACGCCGCCUCAUUGGGGAUCCCAUGCACCAACUGCACCGCCUUCGGCAUCGAGUGCCGCAUCCCCCAGCCCAAGCGCAAGAAGACGCAGACGGCCCGGGCCAAGGAUGCAGAGAGUGACCGCGGCGACAGCGACGACCGCUCGCCCGCCAGCACCUCCGCUGAGCCCCGCGAGAAGUCGACCGCAUACAACACCCAGGAUGGGACCCCCUCCACCACCGUCUCGCCCGAAUACGCCGCCCAACAGGCUACCCACAAUGGCACCUACGUGCAGUUCAUGAAGCCCAAGUUUGCGCGCGCCCCCAUCAAAGAAGCCGGCCGCGUCGCCUACCUCGGGGAGUCCUCCAACCUGUCGCUGCUUGUGCACGACCGCUAUGGCACCACCGAUGUCGUCCACUACCCGCUGCCCGAGAACGUGCGGGGCGCGAAGGCGCGGGUCAAUGAGAUGGACAACAUGGAGAUUGAGAUACUGCAUCAGCGAGGCGCCUUUCUGCUCCCACCACGGGCAUUGUGCGACGAGCUUGUCGAAGCCUUCUUCAGAUGGGUGGCCCCGGUCGUGCCAGUCAUCAAUCGCAGCCGCUUCAUGCGCCAGUAUCGAGACCCCAAGAACCCGCCCUCGCUCCUGCUACUGCAGGCCAUACUCCUGGCAGGCUCACGCGUGUGUACCAAUGCGCAGUUGAUGGACUCCAGUGGCUCAACCACCCCCGCCGCCAUGACGUUCUAUAAGCGCGCAAAGGCGCUAUACGAUGCCAACUUCGAAGACGAUCGCGUGACCAUUGUGCAAGCCCUCAUCUUGAUGGGCUGGUACUGGGAGGGACCCGAGGACGUGACCAAGAACGUUUUCUACUGGACCCGAGUCGCUAUCGUAGUAGCUCAGGGUUCGGGCAUGCACCGCAGCGUUGAAGGAUCGCAGCUUACACGCUCCGACAAGCGCCUGUGGAAGCGUAUCUGGUGGACACUGUACAGCCGGGACCGUUCCGUGGCAGUCGCACUCGGCCGGCCGGUUGCCAUCGACCCUGAAGAUUCCGACGUCGAGAUGGUGUCUGAAGAUGACUUCAUCGACGACGAGACAGAGCACGCCGCAGAAUACCCACCAGAUCCGAUCCAUGUUCAGUUCUUCAUCAACUAUGUCAAGCUUAGCGAGAUUAUGGGCUUGGUCCUAUCACAACAAUACUCGGUAGCGUCGAAACACCGCAGGGCGAAUGCCAUAGACCUGACACACAGCGACAUGGCCCUUGCCGACUGGCUGCAACAUUGUCCACCGGAAGUGCAGUGGGAGCGAAAUCGCCAUCAUUUCUGGGCUGCCUUGUUACAUUCAAAUUACUACACCACUCUAUGUCUUCUGCAUCGCGCACACAUGCCACCAGCAGGCUCACCAAAAGCCACUCAUCUUGACGGUUUUGGUGAAGCCAACGCCUACCCAUCACGGAAUAUCGCGUACCAAGCAGCCGCCAUGAUCACAUCCAUUAUUGAAAACCUCAGAGCUCAUGAUGAAAUUCGGUAUACUCCGGCUUUCAUCGUCUACAGCUUGUUCUCCGCUCUCAUCAUGCACGUGUAUCAGAUGAAGUCGUCUAACAAGUCUGUCGUCUCAGCGACUGAGCAGCGACUGCAGAUCUGCUUGGACGCUCUUAAAGAGGUCUCCAAGGUGUGGCUUGUCGCAAAGAUGGUGCAUACUCUCUUCGAAUCAAUUCUUGGAAACAAGCACCUUGAAGAACGUCUGCAGAAAGCUGCCGGCCGCAACCACAAGAAAAACAAGGUCCCUUCGGUCCCACCACCACCGCCACCUAAGCCUGCCCAGGAAUCAUCGAAACGAAAAUUCGAUGACAUGGAUCUAGGCUUCCCUGUUCCAAGUGGGCCGCCAUCUGCCCAGGUCUCCUAUGAGCGAUCCAGACCGCAGACUCCUGCCGUCACACCAUCGCGCGAGCUGCAACCCCAACAGCAGAUGCCCCAGAUGACUACUGGAUCUCCGCAGAUGAAUCGGCAAAAUCAUGACGCAUUCAUGGGCCCUUCACGGUCAGGAACGCGUCCUACGACCCCGUUCAAUCCUUCAUACUCGUAUCCAGGAACGCCACCGGAUCUUUUCCUGGUGACCCGUGAUACCCCUAACAUUAGCCAAGAAGUGUGGCAGAACUUCCAGCCCGAUCAGCUGUUCCCUGCCGACACACAAGUCAACUUUCCCCAGAUGUCACCCAUGCAAAACCACAGUCUUGUAGAUCCUGCCUUGAGCCAACCUCAAAACAUUGCCAUGCCCUCUCAACAGACUGCUGGGGGCCAGUCACAGAUGCAGAACCCACCGUCAAAUCCGGGUAUCUCCAGCGGUUACGAACAUAAUAAUACUCAGGCCUGGCAGCAACAGAUGGAGAUGAUGUCGCAGAAUCAGCAACAGCAUAGCGCACAGGAUGAUGCUUGGAGUCAAAGUUCCGGAGGUCGGCCCAACCCCAUCGUGCCUAUGAGCUUGAAUGUCGAUGACUGGUUCAACUUCUUCGGCAUCAACGGUGAAGCCGACAUGUCACAUCUAUUCCAGCAAGGCCCUGCUUAG